AGCCCAGAACUUUCUCAAUUGCCCCACUUUAUUCUAUACAUUCACGUCCAUGAAUGGCAUUCCUUUGAUGAGGUACCCUCAUGCCAUGCACAACCUGGACACCUGAACAUGGCAGCAGUGCCUGGAUUAGCCAGUCGUUCCUGCUCCCCUGGUUUCUCCAAACAGGAUAAAACCACCUUGAACAAUAGAUACCUGUUUCUCUUAAACAGAUCCAGGAUCGCUGAGAUCCCUCAUUUCCGUCCAGCCAUGGGGCUCUUCGUCCUGCUCUCCCUGACUGUCCUUUCAGAAGCCAUGGUCAUGGACAAAAAGGUCAAGGAGAGCUUUGUGCUGGACACAGUGUCUGCUGUCUGCAGCUACGCCGCCCACUACAAGGACCAUCUCAAGUACUGGUGCCGAGGCUACUACCGGGACUACUGCAACAUCAUCGCCUUCACACCGAACAGCACGGGCCGCGUGGCCCUGAGGGACACGGGGGAGCAGCUCAUUGUCACUGUGUCCUGCCUGACCAAAGAGGACGCGGGCUGGUACUGGUGUGGCAUCCAGCGGGACUUUGCCCGGGAUGACAUGGACUUCACCGAGCUGGUCGUGACUGACUACAGAGGAGCCCACACCAGUGACUUUUGGUCUGUGAAGGGUAAGGGGCAUGCCAGGUGUCUACGUAGGGGUGCCCUACAGGGGUGGCUCAGCGAGCAGAGUGCAGUGUCUUGUUCCCUCGACCUCCCUCCUUGCAGGGUACCUUUCAUGCCGCUGCGCGUGGUGCCUCGGCGUGACCUAGCCAUCAUUCGCGCUGUGGAGAUUGAAGGGAAGCCAGAAAGAGAUGUAGAGGCAAAGGGUGGGCCUGUGAAUGGGCCUUGCUUGGCUCUUAGCAAAUCCUUUCUGAUGCAGAUGCGUCAGGGAACAUGAACAGGAGCUGCAGGGCUUCCCAACUGGUGUACAAGGCAGAUCACUACAGGUGAGCAGACAUGACCACUGACUCACACCCGCCACUUUCAGCUGCAUAUUGUUUCUCCACCUCAACGAGGUCUCUCCAAUGGGACCAUAUGGUUCCUUCCAAAAGGAUAUAGUUUAGGGCUCUUGGUCACAGGAUGCCCUGUCGCGGUUUUCAUUUAAAAGGAGGAGAGAGCGGUGUCUGCUAAAUGCAAGGGCAGGAUGUGGGCACCCUCAGUCAGCGGGACUUCAUCUCCUUCUCCCAUUGGCUGCUCUUGUGUUUGCCUCCCCCUGUCCCGCCCUCUAGUCUUCAUUUCGCCCUGGGAGAAGAUAGAUACCCAUGUCUAGCCCCUGAGUUCUUGUCUCCCCUUCAGUGGCCUAGCUAGUCUGGGACUGGAUUCUUCUUCUCCAAGGACCCAGGUUAGUUUCUUAGGAAGGGACUCAGCCCAGCGCAGACACCUACCCGCCCUGGGUGCAAUCAAGUGGGGUCUGGAGGGAGGCGGCCACUCGGAAGGCAUACGCUUGGCAGGAGCUGCUGGAACUGGCCGGGGCGGGAACAGGGCCGAGGGGACCGAUCUCAGACAAGGGGAUCCUGAGCAGAGAGUCGAAAGGUCGUCUCUUCCGAGGGACAUGAAACUGUCUGUGGUUCCUUCCAGGAUGUCCAUUCUCAUCACCUGCGUACUGAUCACAGGGGUGGGGAUCAUUUCUCUAAUGACUCACUUGUUCAAAAGGAGGAGGAGUCAAAGAAACAGAAGAAGUAAGCAGUGGCUGGUGAGGGG